CCUCCGGUUCCGUUCUGUCCGCCAUACCAACUGCAAGCUGUUCCUCCUUCCUUCUGGUGCUGUAAAUAUUAGUGGCUGCUGCUGGUGGUGACUGAAACGCAGCCACGGCAUACACGUGUCAUGCUUGGCGUCUGGCCACCGGCACCCCUCGGAACCCCCCUCCAGCUGCUGUACCUGCAAUGUGUGACACUAUAAGGAGCGAUUCGAUCCAGUGCUCUUGUUCGACAGUAGCAUCUCACGCCGUCGUUGCUCCUUUAAUCCACCGACAACUUGGCACUGAGUCGAACAGGCUAGAUGGUUGCACGAGCGCUUUUCACUAUUCACCGCAAACAGAUCUCUAGCUGGGAUCUAGUAAACACGAGUCAGCUCUUACUUCCAAGCACUCCGUCUAGUCAACUACAAGCUGUCAGAGCAACGGCUUACCGACGAGACAGUAUAACUAGUCGGCAUUCCAAUAGAAGUAGUAAACCUAGCAGGCCUUAUUGAACCUAGCAGGCCUUAUUGACAUGCUUCGCACUCGUCGCUUCCUUCAGCGAGCGACGGGUUAAGACGAUCGUCGUUCUUAGCCUCCAAGCCGUAUGGCAGAUUCCUCCCCGGGGAUCGUCGUCUCGGGUUUACUAGCUAUAGCACUUUCGGUUCUUCUCUUUUCGGUUCUCACACACCCGGUUAACGCAGCAGACCACACGGCUAAAGCCCACGUGAUAAAGGAUCAUUCUGCUACAAGCCAGAUCACUACAGUUCCGUCGGAUCUGGAUUCGUCUCACAGUCGGCCUGUGGCUCGGUCUAUACGAACAAAGCGACUAAGGGCUGUUGCGGCACGGGAAAAGGCGUGGAGAAAUCGAGUUCCAGGGUCUGCUUCUGACUCGACUCAAAUACGGGAAUCGGCAUGGCGAAAGCGAGUUCUCACGUCCGAGAGAGAGCCACCGCUUGGGAGCUUGCGCCAUGCGUGGCAGCGAGUUCUGACGUCAGCACAGCGCAAAGCGAGCAACCCGUUCAAGCUCAAGCAACCGGAGUUGAAGAUAGAAACGGUAGACUGGUCGGUGAAGCACGCGCGGCUGGGCGGCGACCCGCUGAACGGCUUCGAUGUGUUCGUGACGGGCGUGCUCACGUUCAACGCGCUCAUCUACAACCCCAACCCGUACGGGCUCAAGAUCAACGCCAUCUACGUCCACGCGGAGUACAACGGCACAUUCCUGGGCAACUCCAAG